AUGUCUGUAGUGGACCUUGGUAGCCGCAUCCUGCAAGUGCUACAACCCACUCCAGCAGACAAUGGCGAGACUGAACUGUUGCCGUCCUUCACGGUGGCCAAGGCGCCAUUGACCUUACAUCGUUUCAUCCAAGGCGUGGGCCAUGUUGCGUCCAUGCCAGAUUCUAUGAGAAUAGUAGUAGCCGGGGAUAUGAUACAAUUGGCAUUGAAGACACCGCAUCUUAUGCAUGCUGUCUUCGGCAUAGCCAGCACAUUUUCGUUCCACGAAAAGUCACACAAAGUUGCAGAAGCAUAUCAUUGGCACAAUGCCAUAAAGUUAUACAAAAAGGAAAUCGAAGGCCCAAUUGGAUUCCACAAUAUGGACGCCCUCAUGUCCACCUGCAUGCUGAUGGGAAUUUUAUCCUUCUCAGAACCCAAAUACGAUCCCCUCGAUUCAUGGGUUUUCACAUCGAAACCCACCGAUCUCAAUUGGCUUUUAGUGCAAAGUGGACUUCGGUAUCUCAUCGAGUCGACUAUCCCGUGGCUACCACAGAGCAUUUGGUGGAAGUUCUUCAUGGAGUCGGACGACAGGGAUAAAACCUUUGACGACCAUCGGCCCGGGCGCGUCGGCCUCGACCCCGAACUUGCGGACUUGUGUGAGAUUGGCUCAACGACGACGGAAGACGAUAAUCCGUACCUAUGGCCGUUGAGGUUAAUCACUCCGCUACUCAGUCUUCCAAUGGUUCGCGAGCACUUCAGCAAGUUCAAUAGUUUCAUGGGCAGACUCGAACCGGAUUAUGUCCAACUUUUGCACCAAAAAGACCCCAGAGCGUGCCUUAUUAUGGCGAUCUGGAUGGGUAAGAUGUGCGAACAGACAGCUUGGUUCAUAUAUCCCCGAAUGCAAGCCGAAUGCACAGCCCUCUGUAUGUUUCUCGAGAACAGCGAGGAUCCGAGGAUCUUGAAACAACUCGAGCGUCCAGCGUCUGCAUGUGGAUACACCUUGCACCACACGCGCGUUGAAGAAUUGCUGGAUCUAGAUCUGUCAAUGACGAGCUUUGACGAAAUAGAGGGCCUCAUUGGAAUUGAGAAUGCCGACCAGAGCUGGCUAGCGAUGGAGAAUGCUCUCGUAUGA